CUUCUGACUUGUAGCGUCUUCCGGUGGAAAAAUGUUGAGUAGCCUCUCCAGGUGGGUGCAUACCUCGGCGCUUCUGACAUCCUCGGUAGCUGAGUUUACCUUCUCCAAGGUCAACUUCACUCGACGCCCGAGCCGGAAGUUGGACAUCAACGCGCCUCUGAUGACGCUGAUGGUUGAGUACCGCCUCUCCAGGCUUAGCUUCACUCUUUGUUCGAGCCGGAAGCUAAGUACCCUUGUGACAACGGUAACCAGUGUGAGUUUUGCCUCUCCAGGCCUUGCUUUGCUUGUUGCCCAAGCUGGAAGCUGUAAGUACCGUCUCUCCAGGCUUAGCUUCACUCUUUGUUCGAGCCGGAAGCUAAGUAUCCUUGUGACGACGGUGAGCAGUGUGAGUUUUGCCUCUCCAGGCCUUGCUUUGCUUGUUGCCCAAGCUGGAAGCUGUAAGUACCGUCUCUCCAGGCUUAGCUUCACUCUUUGUUCGAGCCGGAAGCUAAGUACCCUUGUGACAACGGUAGCAGUGUGAGUUUCGCCUCUCCAGGCUUAGUCUCGCUCUUUGUUCGAGCCGGAAACUAAGCACCUUUGUGACGACGGUGAGCAGUGUGAGUUUUGCCUCUCCAGGCCUUGCUUUGCUUGUUGCCCAAGCUGGAAGCUGUAAGUACCGUCUCUCCAGGCUUAGCUUCACUCUUUGUUUGAGCCGGAAGCUAAGUACCUUUGUGACAACGGUAAGCGGUGAGUACCCCUUUUCCAGAGAUAGCUUCGCUCAUUGCCCGAGCCGGAAGCUGCAUACCUCCGUGUUUGUGACGACGGGGUAGCGUGAAUAUCUCCUUUCCAGGGAUUUGUGAUGAUUUUGUCUCCACAGUCCACGAUGCUGCUUCGACGGUUGUUUUUUGAUUUUGUGCCACUAAGGGCUGGAUAACGCAGGGAUCCGUCUAGGGGAUGUGCAGUUACUCAUAGGUUCUUGUGUCCCAACUUUCCAUUGCGUAGUUGGUGCCCACUGGGGAAUUUCUGAUUCCUUUGGGGUGCAGACACAAAGAUGCUCUUUCUGAUGUGAGCGGUGCCUUAUGAUUGGCUGACGUCCUUUCGACGUUGGUGGAGUAUCCCGGUUAUCCUUGUUCGGGUGACUCUUUUGGUUUUCUGAUUUUGCUGCCUCUGUGUAGGCUGUUAUCCACUGGGGGAUUUUGUCGUUGAUUUUGAUUAGCCUCUUCUGUUAGGCAUAUCAGCUUGACGUUCAAUGAUUGGCUGAGAGCCAGAUUCCACUUGGGGAAUGAUUAUUGAUUUUUUUUUUUUUUUUUUUUUCUCCUUCUGCAGGGAUGCCUCUUGAGUAGGCGACUGGGGAUUUGGGGAUCUUAUGUAUCCCAGAGUAUUAUUUAGGAAGCCUCUACAGGCUUAGCCUCACUCAACGCUUGAGUUGGAGAGCUAUCUUCACUGAGGAAGUUUAAGUCCUUUGACUUGGAUAUUCUGCUUGGGUGAUCGUACUUCCAUUGGGAAUGUCGUCGAUCUUGCUUUGAUAGCUCUUGCUGGGGAUUUUGAGUCCAAGAGCGUGAGUUGAGGUUUCUCUGGGGAGUAUUAUUUCUGCGAGCCUCUCCAGGCUCAAUUAUUCUGUGAUGUGGAGUAUUAUUUUGGCGAGCCUCUCCAGGCUCAAUUAUUCUGAAAGAGUAUUAUUUCGGCAAGCCUCUCCAGGCUCAGUUAUUCUGUGCGAACUGAUUGUUGGAUUUUCUGUAUCCUUGCCUUUUUUAUUUUUUGGCUUUUUCUGUAUUUUGCCUUUUUUUUGUUUUUGGCUUUUGCUGUACAGAAAUUAAAAGUGCUAAAGAAAUUAAAUUCAGUUAUUAUGAGAGAGUAUUAUUUCGGCAAGCCUCUCCAGGCUCAGUUAUUCUGUAGGAUGCGGGAGUAUUAUUUCGGCAAGCCUCUCCAGGCUCAGUUAUUCUGUAUGAUGCGGUUGAUUUUCUGAAUCUUUGCCUUUUUUGUCGUUUUUUGGCUUUUUCUGUAGACUGCUGUCAUACACAAGCAAUUUUUUCUAUUUUUUCUAUUUUAUGCAAUUGCCUCAUGAUGAGGUCUUUGAAUGUGCAAUUAAUUGUGCGCGAUGCACAAAAUGCAAGUUUAAUUUAUUUUAUUUUUUGGAAAAAAUGAAUGGCUUCCCCUAUCCUCUUCUUCUUGGAGGAAUUUUGUCAUUGAUGUGAGGGAGGAUUUCUGUUAUUGCCAAUACGGCCGUUAUUCAUUUCAGUAUGCCCGUAUUGAAUUGAAAAUUUGUUCAUAACCCUAAUUUUGGUACGGGCAUACUGAACAUGAUACGGGCGUAUUGUUUUUCUGAAGUUUAUAUAU